GUUAUCAUCAAGAAUAUGGGUUGGAAUCUCAUCUCUCCUCUUGUUAGAUGUAUUUUCAUGUAUAAACAGGAAAAUGAUAAGCGAGAACACUGCCUGAAGAUACUAGAUCAGUUGUCACAGCUGUGCAAUCCGAAGGAACUUUUUUUGGGUUUACUUGAGCAGAUUGAGCAGACGUCUGGAGAGCAAGUGUGCCAAACUGUCAUGGUAUUGCUUCAGCCUUUGCAGACAGUGCUUUUGAAACUUCAGAACAAGAAGGCCUACUCAGUGGGUUUAUCUUUGGCCAUGAUUAUGAAUCAGCUUACUCCCUUACCUGUACCUUAUACAAAAGAACAAAUACAAGAAGAUAAACUUGGUCUCUGUCAGUGUUGUAAUGCAGUGGUGGAAUUUGCUAAACCUUUUGUGAAUGAAGUUGUUAAAAACACAGAAAAGUCGUCAGAGUACAAUGACAUGGAGCUGAAAGAAGAAAUACUAAAAUUCUGUAUGAAAAGCCUGAAAUACCCAUUACUGACAGCUCAGCUUGAGCAACUUGAAGGCAUUGAAGAACAUCCCUUUCGCCAUUUUGCAACUGAAAUUAUAGACAUUUUGUGGGAUAUAAGAGAAUUGAUACCAUUAGUGUUUUUCCAUCAUAAAGGCCAAAGUCCACAAUGGGAGAAUCAGGAGUUUGCAGAUAUAGAGAAAAAGAAUUCUGCGGAUUCUUUGGCAUGUCUGUCAUAUCUGAUGUUUGUUCAGCAUUUUGGUAUUAAUUGCUUUCCAGUGGUAUAUAGCCCGUCAUACCUUCUGCAGUGCAACAUGACGCAUAUUGAAGUGCUGCUGAAAAGAACAGAAGAAUCUAUGUUAUCUAAAGGACUUGAUCUGUUUGAGAGCUGUUUAUUGAGAAUGGAAGAUAAUAGCCUUCUCCAUCAGUAUUUAGAAUUUGGAGAUUUUAUUAAAGUACCCCAGGAUUUGGUGAAAGUUAUGACCCUGUGUCCCAUAGAGCAUCUGAGAAAGAAAAGUUUAAAUGUUUUGCAGUUGUUCAUAGACAAGUUUGAUGCAGAGGGAAAAUACACAUUAUUCAGGUGUUUACUGAAGACAAGCAACCACGCUGGUGUGGAAGGAUACAUUAUUAAAAAUAUAAAAGAUCAGAUUCACUUGUCGUUAACGGCAUGUGACAACGUUUGGUUUACAGGACCUCACCUGCUCUCCCUUCUAGAUUUAGUGCUUUUGCUUCCAGAAGGGGCUGAGACAGAUCUUCUGCAAAACUCAGACAGGAUUAUGGCAUCACUAAAUCUACUGAGAUACUUAGUCAUUAAGGAUUGUGAAAGUGAUAAUCAAACUGGUGUGUGGACCGCCCUUGGCAAGAUCGAGCAGAAGUUUUUAAAACCACUGCACGUAGGGCUCAAUAUGUCAAAAGUGCACUAUGAAGCAGAAAUUAAGAAGAAGAAAGAAAACAGAAGAGAGGGACACAGUUCUAACACAGUGUGUUCUGUAACUGUUAGUGGGGAAAAGAUGCCUGCCAUGACUACUGAAAUGCAGCUUCAGGUUUUACACUCUGCUCUCUUCACAUUUGAUUUGAUAGAAAGUGUUCUAGCUCGAGUAGAAGAACUCAUUGAAGUGAAAAUAAAAGCUGUAAUGGAUGAGAACAGUUCAGUCAGCUGA